AUGACUAACACCAUCUAUCUUAUUACGGGCGCCAGCCGCGGUAUCGGUCGUGGCCUGGCCGAAACAUUCCUCGCUCGUUCCAACUCCACCGUCAUCGCGGCUGUCCGGGACCCCGUCGGUGCUUCAUCCCAGUCCCUGCAAUCUCUCCCCAAGGGCGAGUACUCCCGUCUGAUCGUGGUAAAGGUCGACUCUAAAUCUCCCACUGACCCGACCGCUGCCAUCGAGACUCUCCAGAGUGAGCACGGCAUACACCACAUAGACGUGGUAAUCGCCAACGCCGGCAUCAGCGAGGAUUUCUCAACUGUGCACGAGGUGUCUAUCCCCGUGCUACGCGAGCACGUCGAGGUCAAUGGCUACGGUCCUAUCUACCUUUACCAGGCGGUCUACCCGUUGCUUAAGAAAAGUAAGAAGCCCACGUUUGUGGGAGUCGGUAGUCCGAUAGGCAGCAUCGGCGGCAUGGAGCAGCGCCCGUACCCAUGCGCAGCGUACGGCCCUAGUAAGGCCAUCCUACACUGGAUUGUGCGCAAGAUCCAUUUUGAGAAUGAGGAGUUUGUGAGCUUUGUUGCGGAUCCUGGCUUCGUUCAAACCGAUAUGGGCAAUGACGGUGCCAAGGCCGUCGGCCUCGAGAAGGCCUUCCAGACGGUCGAGGAGAGCGUCGGCGGUAUCGCGAAGACGAUCGACGAAGGGACGAGGGAGUCGGUUGGCGCGCAGUUCCGCGUGUGGGACGGAUCUCAGUUUCCCUGGUAA